UAUUUCAAUAGUUCAAAAGUUAUAAAACUCUGAAUUUUCGCAUAAAGCUGUGGAAAAUGCACCGAUGCUUUACAAGAUACUCAGAGUUAAAGGAGAAGGUGAGGAAAGGUGGCGGGGAGAAGGCCGUAGCCAGGCACACUGAGAGGAACAGGAAGCUGCUGGUCAGGGAUCGGCUGCGCCUCCUGUUGGACGACGACGACGACUUCCUGGAGCUUUCCUCGUUUGCUGGUUUGGGCCUGCCGUACGGGGACGUCCCUGCAGCCGGCUGCCUGACUGGCAUCGGCAGGAUCAACGGCCUGUGGUGCGUGCUCAUCGCCAACGACGCCACAGUGAAAGGCGGCACAUUUUAUCCAAUCACGGUCAAGAAGCAGCUACGAGCGCAAGAAAUAGCCAUUCAGAACCGCCUGCCUUGUAUUUACUUGGUGGACUCUGGUGGAGCUUUCCUACCGCUGCAGUCAGAGAUMUUUCCUGAUAAGAACCACGGAGGAAGGGCGUUUUAUAAUGAAGCCAUCAUGUCAGCCAUGAGAAUCCCGCAGGUGGCGGUGGUGUGCGGCUCGUGCACGGCGGGCGGAGCUUACGCCCCCACGAUGACAGAGGAGGCGGUGAUGGUGCACCGUAUCGGAACCAUAUUCCUGGGAGGCCCGCCGCUCGUCAAGGCUGCCACCGGAGAGGAGGUGUCGCCGGAGGAGCUGGGAGGAGCCAGACUCCACGCCGAGGUGAGUGGCUGCGUGGACCAUUUUGCGUGGGAUGAAAAGGAGGCGUUCGAUUGCACCAGAAAUAUCAUAUCCACCUUCAACUUCCAACUGCCCGAGGAAGAGGAGGACACGUCGACGAGGGGAGAGGAGCCGCGGUAUAGUUCAGAAGAACUGCUGGGUCUGGCUCCUCGGAGUUACAGCUACAGUCUGGAUGUUAAAAUGACAGUCGGUCGGCUGACAGAUGGGAGCCGCUUCCAGGAGUUUAAAGCUCGAUAUGGAACCACACUUGUUACUGGAUUUGCAAAGAUUCAUGGCCACCUGGUGGGAAUAGUAGCCAACAACGGAGCGCUGUCGUAUGAAGCUGCGCUGAAGGGAAGUCACUUCGUCCAGCUGUGUGACCAGAGAGACGUUCCGCUCCUCUUCCUCCAGAACACGGCACCUGCAGCGGCGCCGACUCUGUCCACAAGUCAGGCAGAGAUGAACAGUAACUUACUUAAAGCUCARGCUUCGAUGAUGUCAGCGGUAGCGUGCGCCUCCGUCCCCAAAAUCACUGUUGUGAUUGGAGGCUGCCAUGGCGCCGACAGCUUUGCCAUGUGUGGGCGGGCCUUUGAUCCUAACUUCCUCUUCCUGUGGCCCAACGCCAGGGUGUCUCUGACGGCUCCGGGCCACGCUGGCUCUCUGCUGUCUCCUGAUGAUGAUGAGGAGGAGGAGAAGCAGGUGGAGACUCUGAACAAGAGGUUAGAGGAGGAGAGCUCAGCCUUCUUUUCCUCUGGCAGGAUGUGGGAYGAUGGAGUCAUUCUGCCGCAGGACACCAGGAAGGUUCUCAGAGACUCCCUGGACAUCAUCAAACAGCAGCGGUAUCAGUUGUCUACAGAGAAGCAACAAUCAGUUCUUCUACGAAUGUAGAAACUUCCGUCCUUGCUUCCCUAGACUCAGGGACAGAGACUCAAAUCUGAAUUAGCGGGGGGCUUUGUGAGUCAGGUGGAUCAACAAAACCCACACAAACCAACCGCUUAAGAUAAAAAGGAUCUUUCAACAAUACUUGAAGCAACAGUGUUUUUACCUGUUAUAUUUGAGAUUAUGUGAAUAUAUUAAAAACGUGUAUGAGUUACUAAUUAAUGAGAAUUUUGCUUGUUUUUAAUCUAACAGAGAUAAACAGUUACUGUAAUAGUCAGGACUUUGAUGUUAGGACUGUAGAGAAUUCAUGCAGGGAUUUAAUCUCAGCAUACAAGAUUAAAAAAAUCUUCCAAAAGUGCCUCAAUAGUUUGUUUUCUCAUUCUAGGUUUUGCGCAUUAGUUUGUCAUGUUGGUGAAGUUGUGCUAAUUAUGCUGUCUAAUGCAGCCUGAUUGAAAACAGCCUUAAACUGAUUUCUCUCUUAUUUAUUUAAGAUUGUAUAAUUAAAAAUCAAAUUUUAGUGUCUUAAAUUACCUCAGAGARCCUUUAUCCUGUUGCCAUCAUUCUGUAAUUAUGUUUGUAACAGAUCUUAUGCUUUAGUAUCAGUACUAAAAUCAAGAUAUCAAUACUUUAUUUUUCAUUUUGUUAACGUAAGUGMUGCAGCAAGGAGGUGUCAGAUGAUCAGUAUUUUCCUGUUAUGUUCUUGUCAUGAAGAUUAAUUUGGAUGAUUAAUAAGAAAGCUUUAAAUUUGAUAGUAUUUUUAGAUAAUUUAAAUAAAAUUCAUUAUAACA